GGUACAGUGAGCUAUAGAUGUCUCUCCAUCAUCCAGAGAUUAAAAAAACAGGAUGCCGUUAUUAUAAAUAUGAGCUAUGAUCUUAAACUUUCAUCAUCUGAGAUCAAUGGAUGCAGAAUCCAACCCUGGACUAGUUGUUUACCUGUGAGGAUAAAGCCACGCUCCUUGUUCGCACCUUGUUGCCCGUCAUGAUCUCUAAGCGAAGAAACACCUAAUUUGUAUCUCUCGUCGACUGCUCACCGGUACAUGGCUUAUCUGCACUAGAGGCCUGUUUAGGAGAACUGAGUCAUUCACACCGGUGUAGCUGAAUUGAAUAAACUAGCGUGGAGAUGUUCUCCGCUCUGAAGAAGCUGGUGGGCUCGGAGCCGCCCGGCCUGCAACAGGGCAAGAACAUUCCUGCAGGACUGCAGUCGAUGAACCAGAGUCUGCAGAGACGAUUCGCCAAAGGGGUUCAGUACAACAUGAAGAUCGUGAUCCGUGGCGACAGAAACACAGGGAAGAGCACACUGUGGCAGCGGCUGCAGGGAGGGAAGUUCCAGGAGGAGUACAUUCCUACCCAGGAGAUCCAGGUCACCAGCAUCCACUGGAACUACAAGACUACUGAUGACGUGGUGAAGGUGGAAGUGUGGGAUGUCGUGGAUAAAGGAAAGGGCAAAAAGAGAGGCGAAACACUAAAGCUGGAGAACGAACCCCAAGAGACUGAGAACGAGAUGGCCCUCGACGCUGAGUUUCUGGACGUGUAUAAGAACUGUAACGGCGUCAUCAUGAUGUUCGACAUCACCAAGCAAUGGACUUAUAACUACAUCUUGCGGGAGCUGCCCAGAGUACCAACCCAUGUGCCAGUGUGCGUGUUGGGUAACCAUCGGGAUAUGGGCGAGCACCGGGUCAUCCUGCCUGAUGACAUCAGAGACUUUAUCAGUAGCCUUAACAGGCCUCUGGGUUCCUCCUACAUCCACUACGCCGAGUCUUCCAUGAAAAACGGCUUUGGCCUGAAAUACCUGCAUCGAUUCUUUAACAUUCCUUUCCUUCAGCUUCAGAGAGAGACGCUGUUGCGACAGUUGGAGACCAACCAGCUGGACAUCGACGCCACUUUGGAGGAGCUGACCGUCCAGCAAGAGACAGAGGAUCAAAACUACGAGAUAUUCCUGGAGCUGAUGGAGGCACGAGCUAAAGGCUACAGAUCACCCGGUGACCCUAAUGGUCAAAGCCCUUCCUCCGGCUCCCAAUCUCCUGUGGUGCCAGCGGGCAGCUCCCCGGGCAGCUCCAGCCCUGGCACACCGCAGCAACCUCCGAUCAUCGGACAGAACCCACAGAUCCCGCCCCCUCCGGACGCCCAGUCGCCUGCCCCCGACCCGGCACCUUCCGCCCCUUCUCCGGCUCCGCAGCCUCAGAAACGCAGCUUCAUCUCCAGGCUGUUCGGCUCGACACCCAACCCCGAGACGCCCUCUGCUGCUACGGAAACUGAGCUGGCACCUCCUCGCCCACCGACCGCAGUCCAGAGCGUGGACGACUUUGUACCAGACGACGGACUGGAUAAGAGCUUCUUAGAAGACGGCGGCCCAUCUAACACUAAACCCAGUAUGAACUCACAGCAACAAGCAGCCGGCGUCGACAGUGACAGUGAUGGAGAGGGGAGAGGCGGGAACCCCAUGGUCGCGGGUUUUCAGGAUGAUCUGGAUCCCGACGAUGUCCAGCCAAGACAUCAGGAGUCCAGAACCUCUGUCCCCAGUAAAGAUCUGAAUAUAACACUGUCCAGCGAUGACGAGGAGGACGGAGCCAGACCCGUCGUGGCCCUGGAUGACGAUCUGGAGAUCGGCCUCGACAGCCAUCUGGACGAUCUGAGCACGUUAACACUGGACGAGAAACCCAAACUCCCGAAGACGACGCCGUCGGCCGAGCCUCAGAGGAUCGCGGAGCCUCCUGUCCUCACCCCGACUCCUGUGCACCACCUACACACUCCACAAACAUUGACGCAGACACACUCGCCACCAAAAACACUCGGUGCACCACAGAGCGGGAAGAUGAAAGCAGCUCCGGCUCAGGGCGGCGUCUCAGACUCGGACCACGAGGCCCCGGUUGCCCAGCAGAUGCUCUCCUUCGUGAUGGACGACCCCGAUUUCGAGAGUGAGGAGGAGUGUGUGCAGAAAGUUAAGAAGGAGAACCUUCCCGUCAAGGCCGACCUCCCCGACCUUUCGGACGACGACGCGUUCUCUGCGAAAUCGUCCGACGCCGUCAAGCCGUCCUCGCGCUCCUUCAAACACAAGAACGACAACGAUCUGUUCGGGCUGGGCUUCGAGGAGAAACCUCCCCAAAGUAAAGACAGCAGUGAUGAGCAGGAUGAGAAGGAAAGCCGACACUCUACAAAGGAGAAAAAGAAAAAGAAGAAGAAGAGUAAAGAGGAGGAGGAGAAAAGCAGCAAAAAGAAGAAACAAAAGAAGAAAGAGAAAGAAGAACCGGAAGGACCCGGAGAGGAGAAGAAAAAGAAAAAGACACGGAGUAAGAAAUCGGGCGACCUGGACGACCUGGAGGCUUUUCUGGCCGGAGGAGAGGGGGCCGAAAAGAGGGAGGAGGGAGAUUACGAGGUGCUCUAGAGGCCUCGGCGUGACGCUGUGUAUCCGCACCACUGGCCUCGACAUGUCAUUGGCAAACACACUGGCAUUAACUGGCAGCGCAGUGCUCAACGUGUCCUGAUCUGUAAACCGAGUGAGAGUGAUGUUGUUUAUUCCGGGUCGUGUCUCAUUUCCGCCAGGGAGGAGGGAAGCUAGCGUCUUCCCGCCACUCCAGCUGCAAUAAGUGGAGAAGCCAUGGAGAACUGCUGCAUCCUACCUGCAUGUAACACUGACACAUUUCAGGGUGAGGAACCGACCGGCGUCUCGCUUUUCUACUGUGUCUUUUUGCUUUGUUUGAGGAUCCACUCCGAAAGCGGAACACUCCGAGAGCUUCGCUGCUUUGAUUUGUUAGCCGUUAGCUUGUGUAGGCAUGUGCCGGUAAUCAGUUUCAACUUACGCACAUGUAUUAUUGGAUGUUUUUAACCGGUAGCCUCGUCUCAGACUGCGUUUUGCUCACUGCUAGU